AUGCCCAGAAGACAUAGUUGUAUGUGUAAUAUUAUUGUUACAGGGUAUAAUAUAGUAGGUUACAGGGUAUAAAUACACAGAACACCCUCAAUCUCUCAUCGAUCACAGGUUCUCCAGUUCAGUUCUCUCCGUGGUUUCUUGAAGAACAUUCCACUAUGAUUAGAGUGCUGAUCUUCACUGUGCUGCUGGAUCUGUCUCAGGCUCAUGAUGGAGAAAAAGAUCAUGGUAAAGUAGAAAAUAAUCAUAUGUAGUACAGCAAAAAAAAUGUAUGUUAGACUAAUACAUUCUCCAACAGAGUGGCUUGUAAUUUCUAAAGAUAUUUCUAGUAAUGACCAUAGUAGUAAUUUGUACAAAGAUUUAUAGUAAACAGAUACAUGUCUGUAUCUAACAUUUUAGAACACAAGAAGAAGAAUGAAUAAUAGAUCAUGUAAACUCUAUUGCAAUAUCUGAGAAUUCUAUCAGUUUUUAUGUUGGUUCAGAUAGAGAUUUUUAUUUGGGGUAGAAUUUAAAACCUCAAUUUAUAUUUAAUAUAUUCCUAUGUAAAGGUUUCAGAUCUGUGUUAUCUUGGACAGACAUGUUUCAUGCAACCGUAUAAAGUAGCGGUAUAUUUUAUCAAGUCACAAAUCAAGACAGUACCUUUUGGAUCUAUUCUUAAGCUAAGGCAUUAUGGCAAAUGUAGUCCAGGAACACUUAGAAGAAAAGUGUUCAACAAACAUUGGAUGACAUAGGCACUGUAGAUAUUUGUGCAUUACAUAUCUGCUUCGUCACAGUUAAGUCUACGCGACCUACUUUCUAUAGCCAUUUCCACAGUAAUUACCAUAUAAUUAACAACAAGCAAAGGUGCCAUGAUGGAAUUCUAUUCUCUAAAAAUAUUACUGAAAUUAUGAUGACAGAAACCAAUCAGAAUCUGGAAAUUCGACAAAUGAUCUGAUCUAUUCCAGUUUUCCUCCGGUGCAUCAAAGUAGAAAUGUCUGAAAGUAGAAACUAAUUCAAAAUGACAAGGUGCUAACAGGAAGUCCUAGAUGGGUAUUGAAUUAUUAUGGAAAACACAGUGCUAGAGUCAACAAAAAGUGCAAAUCUGGCAAUUCAUGAUAAUUUCAUUGAGUUCUGAUUGGUUUCUACAGGUACAGCAAAUUUUGUCAAGGCCCAAACUAUUAUUAUUUUUAAUUUUACUGCAGUGGCAUUGCCUCUCCCAUUGCAAUAAAAGACUUCUGGAAAAUCCUUAUGAUGAUGUUUUAUUUCUAAAUAUAUAUUUAAGCAUAUGUAAUAAGACAAUUGAAAAAUUCAGCACUGAGAUGAUUUUAGUCUUUGUUUUAAUGAGAUCUUCCAUUUUCUUUUAAAUGUUGUGACAAAAGUACUCCUUUCCCUUGGUACCUUGUCCUGGGAUUGGGGUGUUACACACAGUCUUUUCAGGCUUUAGAGACACUUCACACGCUGGAUGAGGUAAACUGACUUGCUCUUUUAUUGAGGUUCCAAAAUAAAUGCACAGUAAAGUAUAAAGGUAACAAAAAUAUCUCAAACAAAAGCCUUGCUCUUCUGAGCACUAACUAAACAAAAUAAUCAGCUAACUGGGUUGGAUGGCUUGUCCAUUUCCCAACAUAAACAUAAACAUAAACAUAAACAGCCUUACUGCUUCAGGGUUUUCAGCUCUCUGUUUCCACUCACAGAAACCAAACACAAUCUCCCUUCUUCCUUGGCAGGGGAGUACUUAAUAGCACUGGUAAUUGACAAUCCUUUUCAGGUGAGUUAGAUUAGGAUUCAAACUCCAGAACUGGACUUCUCACCAAGCAACUUCCAAAAUGUGGAGUGGAGCAUUGGCCCACCCUUCUCUCCAAAUACUCCACCCCAGGGGCCCAUAACUAAACAAUGCGUUGUGUUGUGCAAAACACAAACUACACAUACUCCCCCUGGGGUUAAUUACACAAAGUAAGAACCUUGCAAAAUCUGGGGAGGUAUAUAGGUUCCUUCCAGCACAAUUCCUUGCUUUCUGUCACAAUGUAUAUUAAAUAUUUAGUAAAUUACAUCAUAAUUCCGUUCAAACAAGGUAAAACGAGGGCACAAAUACCUAAAUAAUAGAAAUUGGAGACUGAUAUUUUCUUGAGUGCAUGUGUUUAACAGUGAAUUUUAUCUUUGUCAGAUAUUUCAUCAGAAGAAAACAUAGAGAGGAGAGGUCACUGCCCAAAUCAUGGAAGCUCUCCUAACGCCUCUCUACCUGAAUGCCCCACCUCCUGUGGGAAUGGAACCAACUGCACAGCUGUAAAUUGCACCUCAGACGCCAGUUGCUCCGGAAUCCAGAAGUGUUGUGACACCAGCUGUGGAUUAAAGUGUAUCGAUCCAAUCUACAGUGAGUGCAUGCGCAAUGAUUCAAAACUGAAAUAAAACUUUAGAACUUCAAAAUGUUAGAAGUAUAGUUUUAGCAGCUAUAGAAAUCAGUCAGUUGAUUAUUAUUUUAUUAUUAUUUAGUUAUUUAUAUAGCGCUCUGAAGCGCUGCACAAUGGGUGGACUAAGUGACACGUAAAUGUAACAAGACAAGUGGAUGCUCAGGAACAAAGUGGUUGAGGGCCCUGCCCAAUGAGCUUUACAUGCUAGAGGGAGUAGGGUAUAGUGACACAAAGGGUAAAAGUAGGGGUAAUGAAGUAGGUUGCUAGAAAAGUAUUCACUGAGGGCUUAGUUGAUAAAUGUACUGACAGCGGUGCCUGUCAAAACUUUAGCAUAUCUGGGCUUAUUGUCACAAGUCGGGUUAACACACAAAUUCUAAUUUGGUUACUUUGGCCUUAAUUUUGAAAUUCACAAUGAAUUCCCGACAAUUCUCACUUUAUGAAUAACCGUCUGUGUUCAAGAAAUGUCUCAUGCUUCAUAUUAAUGUUAGGCUGUAUUUUUUACACACAAACAAAAAAGAAAUAUAAACAAAACUAGAUAUUGAAGAUGGUUAACAAAACCUCACUCCAUGUUUGGACAAUGGGUGGAAUGCUGUUGGACAUAGAAUUAUGAAAUCAUCUCUACAUCGUAUCUCUCAGAACUAGCAAUAUCUUGCAUGACUUCAGAUCGACACAUUCAUUUUCUCUGUUCUAUAUCACAUUAAUAAUUACAUAUAAAACAAGUUGAUACUGCUUAGCGUCUUGUUAAAGUAUUAAUAUUAAGAAAUCUGACCCUUAUAGUGACAGUCUGCAGUGAGGAUGAGGACUGCGCUGAGCCAUUAGUCUGCUGCAGAAAGCGCUGUGUUGCCACCUGUGUGCCCUCAAAUGUCAUCCCUCCAAAGAAAAAGAAAGUAAGAGUCAAUCUACAACUAACUGUUUUUUAAACACUUGUACAUUUCCUAUGCAUUGUUUCUGAAUUACAUAUUUAAAUACAGAUUAAUUCACAAGACAGCAAAAUAAUACAAUCAGAAAUGCAGGACUGAAUUGAUCUGCCAUUAUUACAAUUUUUGAUGAAAAUUACAAUUACAAUUUUAGGAGCAUUAUUAUUAUUAUUACUUUUACUAUUUGAAUUUAUAUAGCGGGAGCUUAUUCUGCAGCUCUUUAGAAUAUUAUAAAGGAGGAACAAUAAAUUACACAAUUACAAAAUGUUACAGGAACAAUAGUUUGCAGAGGAACCUGCUCAAAGUUUACAAUCUAGAUGAGCCUAAUAUGCCAUUUAUGCAAUAAGAAAAAUUCACAGGCACUCCAAUUGUGAAAGCCACAGGCAGAUUUAUUGCAACAAAAUGCACAGCGUGCAUUGGAGUGCCUGUAAAUUUUUCUUAUUGCCUUAUCGUGUUGGGAUUGCUGGUCCUGUUCAAGAGCACCUGUGGCCGUUGGGGGUGAGUGCGGUUCCUGCGACCAACCUUUGCUAUAUAAUAUGCCAUUAAUAGCACACACUUCUAGUAACACCACUAAUCAGGACAGCUACCAGAAAGCAGACUUAAUUAACAAACAAUAGAUUCAGGAGCAGUGGGAUAAACUAGGGUCAAUAAAAUUGAUGUAGAAUUGUAAUAGUGAGGCAGCACAGAGCUGUCCGGGCAUGAGGAGGCCCUUAUAGAAGUGUGUGGGUCAGGUCCCUCCAUAAUGUGUGGGUCAGGUCCCUCCAUAAUGCACUGACAUUAUAGUCAUCAUUGGCAUGCACCUGUGAGCCCAUGACACGUGCAGCCUAGACAAUUUGCUUGCUUAGAGUUUAUUUAAAAUCAAGCAUAACAUGCAGCAAUGCAGCAAUAAGACACUGAUUUUUACCUAGUGGUGUUUAAUCAUAAAUCUCAGUUAUUCAAUGCAGACAGUGGUGUGUCAGUUUGUGUUUAAUUCCUAUGUAUUUGCCUCUGUUAAAAUCUUUGCUUCUUGUUGUUGUUUAGAAUGGAAAAUCCGAUUGAGAAGAGAUUGCUUCCAAGUUAAAGAAAUUUACUCAUAGCAAUAAGUUUUCAGAGGAGAUAUUUUGUGUAAUUUGAUCACUUAAAUGAGUAAUUGUAGACAUAGUAAACACAAUAAAUAAAGUGCAACAAAAC